ACUCACAGUACGCACGAGCGCUGUCCGUUUGAAUAGAUUGGCUUUACAAACGUGUAUCCCUUCACCGAGUCUGAUCAUUUGCAUUCUAACAGCUAUUUAACUGCAUGCUGAUCUAAAUCUGGAUUUUAAGAACUGAGCCUUUAUAUGGACUGCGCUCUUUGCAGCACUCUGCGUGUUUUUCCCACGGUAUUUGAUCCGUAGAUAGUAGAUAUUUAAAAUAAGAAAAAAUGGCAACGGACGAACUGUCAUCGAAGCUGAGCCGUCGGCUGCAGAUCGAGGACGGCGCGCACGAGCCGGUGGCUUUGGACGGGUCUCACGAGAACGGAGAGCACGAGAAAGCGGCCACGGCCAGCGCGGAUUCGGAGCUGGGAGCGAAACUGCAGAGGCGCGGGGAGCUGAACGAGGGCGUCGGUGAACACCAACAGCGCAGCAUGAAGGUGUUCAACCCAUACACCGAGUUCAAGGAGUUCUCGAGGAAACAGAUCAAAGACAUGGAGAAGAUGUUCAAAGAGUAUGAUUCAGAGAGAGAUAAUUACAUUGAUCUGAUGGAGCUGAAGCUGAUGAUGGAGAAACUCGGAGCGCCACAGACUCACCUGGGGCUGAAGAACAUGAUCAAAGAAGUAGAUGAGGACUUGGACGGCAAACUCAGCUUCAGAGAGUUCCUUCUUAUCUUCAGAAAAGCAGCUGCAGGAGAGCUGGCAGAGGACAGUGGGCUUCAUGUCUUGGCUCGCCUGUCAGAGAUUGAUGUGUCAACUGAGGGAGUAAAGGGUGCCAAGUCAUUCUUUGAGGCAAAAGUGCAGGCCAUUAAUGAAUCAAACAAGUUUGAAGCGGAAAUCCGUCAGGAGCAGGAAGAGAAGAAACGGCAGGCAGAGGAUAGGAAACAAAGACAAGCUGCUUUCAAAGAGCUGAAGUCAGCCUUCAAAUAACCACACCCACCUCGACAGCCUCAACUUAGUGUGUCUGUCUGUCGGUUCAUCAAAGAGCCCCUAAUCAUAGAUACUAUGCAAGGCUGUGAAACGCUUUGAGAUCCAUGCAGAUUCAUCUUCCUGAGAGAGGGAUACCCAUGUUGUUUGUGCUCAUGACUGGAUCUAACACAUCCGUCAAUUUUGAAAUUGUUGUUUGAUUUUUGAUUUUUUUUUUGUUGCCUCUUUCUCUCUCUCUCAGGUUCAUUUUUAAUGUGAAGCUAGACAUUAUGUCAGUACACUGGAUUCGAUUUGUUAAAAUCUGUUUCAAUCGCACGUGUAUAUAUGUAAUGUAGUUCUGACAUCAUUGUUCUGUGUCAGUCUCAUAUUAGCUUGAAUGGCUUUUUUCAAAUCACUUGUGUCUUGUUUGUGUCAACAUUAAAGCGCAGUGGGUUGCUGGGAUUUAAUUCUAACGCUUUAAGAGGCAGUUCGGAUUUUUAAAGAGUUUUAAUAAAUUUUAUGCCAUAUUCAAUCCAUUGUAUGCAUAUCAGUAACAAUUACACUAGUGUGACAUCAUUUCCUGCUUUUCACCGUACCUUUACUAAUUAAAUUAGCAUCACUGACACAGCACGGUGUGCAUUUCAAAAAUUCAAAAAAAAUUUGCUUUCUUUCACAGAUACCUGAAAUAUUUCGAGUAUAAUAUAGUCUGUAUUUUUUUUUCUGAGGAGAGGGAGAGUAGGAGUUAGGUGUGUGUGCAUGUGUGGUGUUUGUAAUGGUGUUUGUUAUGAGUGUGUAUAUUUUGCAUGGUCUCUUAUUUUCCCUUGACGUUAAAAGUGGCACACAUACACGCUCACAAACUCUCAUCUAUGUACAGUCAAAAUUGCAAUGGGAAUUAUAUAAAUUGGAACAAAUGUAACAUAAGAACAGUCCCUGACUGCUUCUGGACUUCCUUAAUCUGUGCUUUCAUGUGUGCUAAACAAGUCAAAUUGACAUGCUUUGGGUUUGGGUAGAUAGAGGGUUAAAUUCACCUCAGCUCUGUUAACUGUUAGCUUCCAGCAUGGCUGAACUAAAUCAAGUUCUGGCUUGCAAAUAUUGAUCAUCUUAUGUACUACAUUCCAAGCCUUGCACAGCACCACAAGUACAGUGAGAUAAGAUGAAAGCAAAUGUAUUUCAUUCGUAAAAGCCCGUCAUCGUUUGAUAGAGAAACAGGCUAUUCUAUAGAGCCAGUGCAUGUGUUCCAACAUUGAAAUGACGGAAAUGUCCAAUGUGUUUGAAUGGAAUCCGACAUUUCUCAUCUUUCUCAUGAAGUAUUAGUUAAAAAAAUACUAAUAGAUUUAGAAUCAUAGAAGUUUACUAUGACGUAACAAAUUAUGGAAAAAUUACUAAUGGAUACCCACAAAGGAAUCAUUCAAAAGCCUAAUUCAUUGAAAUAUGACUUUGAUGGUAAUGUAAUUGAGUAACUUGUGUAACUGGCCGUACACUGUGGCAAAGGAAACUGAGAUGCUAUGUAUAAAGACAAAUCUAUAUUUUCAUGUGAUGAAAAUUAAAACAUUUUAGUUUUAUAUGGAAAGGGGUCUUGUGAACAGAAACAUUUUUAUUUUCUCAAUGUGAACUGUGUUGUCUACAAUCUUGUCUCCCAUGUAUUCUGUGUAUCAGAUUCUUACAUGCUGGCAAAAUAACUUUAUACAUUUCUAUAUUAGAUAACAUUGUUAACAGUUGCUAUGCUUCAUCUUGUAUUGGUUUCUUACAGUGUGUUUCUGUGUUCAGAGUCAUUGGUAACUUUCUUGUUUGCUCACUAGUUCUUUGGAAGUUCAAACAAUACAGUAAGUGUAUGAAUAUUUGUCUCCUUAUCAUCUGCUCUUACAGUAGCCUACAGCCAUUCUCAUGUUCCUUUUCAUUUGUAAGUUACUGUUCCGCUGAAAAGUAUUUUGAAUACUGGGUUUUAAAGGGUGAACAAAGUAAUGUAUAUGUUAUUGACUGAGGAAGAGGGAACAAUCAAACAGCAAGCAGCAUUCUGUUAGAAGCUAUAAAUUCUGUCAUUCCUUUUGAGAUCGAUUUUGUUACAUUGUUAUGCUGUGCCAAAUUAAUUAUCAGUUCGGUACUGUGUUAGGUUAAUUUCAGUAAAAUAUUCUGCUUUAAAUUUAUCUGAAUUCCAUCAUAACAAUUUUGAUCAAUAUAUCUUAAUUAAUCUGAACUUAUAUAUUAGAAGAGCUAUUUAGAAUUUGGUCUAUAUAUCACUGAUCUACAGUGUUCAUCAUAAAAUGUUUGUUAUUUUAAUAAAAAGUAAGAAAUUACUUUAAAAUUGUAGUUUCAUAAUUAAGGUACAUCUGAAUAACUACAAUACAGUUCUGGCAGUAUUACGUCAAAGAUGCAAUUUCUACUAAGGAUUUCAGUGAAAAUGUGCACAAACACACACACACAAACUAGUUUUAUUUGAUACAUUUUUGUGCAAUUUAAUGCCAGAAGAAUGAGAAACAACAGUGUAUUUUUUUUUUUUUUACAAUUUCAUUUUAUGGAUUUUUUUUUUUAGCAUUCAAUUCUAUUAAUUUUCAUUCUAGUGAUCUGAAAAUGGUUGAGAGCGCUUGACCACCCUGACCAUAUCUGUAUCUUACUGUCACUGUCUAUGUCUGUUGAAACUGGUGGUUGUGGUAUCAUACUCGUAUAGGCUUUUACAUAUUGAUAUGUGGCUUCAAUAAUAUGCACAUUUAUUUUUGAUUUUCUUACUAAAGUAUAUAAUUAUUCUUGUGACAAUAAAAAAAACUUUUCAUU